GCCAAUCAAGUGCCUUUCCUCAAUUUUGGCACCCAAUUAGUGAUCACACUUCCACAAACCUUCACCCAAUCAGAAAAUGCAAGUCACUCUCUCUCUCCCCGAAUGUCUCUCUCUCACCCUUUUCUCUGCAACAAGGAAGACCAACCCCAAAUCUUCACUGUUCCGAACUCGGACGAGUUGAGUUCGACGUGUUUUCAACCGAGUCACGAUGUUUUAGGACCUGGGAAAGCCUCUACACAACUCCCUACGGUCCCUAGUCAAGGUUUGAGGAAGCUUUGACGUGAAACAACUCGGUUUCGAGAAGUUCAAGUUUGACCCGUGCCUUUCGAGCCAAUUUCUGGCCAAACCACGACAAUUUGGCCAGCGUGCAAGUUUUUUGCGACCUCCACGCUUUCGAGGUGAUUUCCGGCCAAACCACGACGAGUUAGAUGUCAUGCAAGGGGCAAUUAUUAGUGGUGUUUGCAUCUUCGCUAGGUUGCGUGGCUCGUCAGCGGCGAAGUCUCUGUUUAGUAGCUGUGUUUACGCGUAUACGAGGAUUCUAGCAAAUCUCAGGAGAAGGUUACCUUCAGUGGACGUCAAGGACAACCCUGUAAUGCUUUAUAUGAAAGGAGUGCCUGAACUUCCUCAAUGUGGAUUCAGCUCACUUGCCGUUAGAGUAUUAAAACUAUAUCAAGUUCCCUUGGCCUGUAGAAAGAUAGAAUGACACAUUUCAAGAGAAGAAGUCUGAAAAAGUUGUUGAAUUUGGAGGGUAGAAUGAUACAUUUCACCCAUGUUCAUUUUUUCACAUAUUUGGAUAGUAUGUGUCGAUACGAACGCAUGGGGGCAAACGGAAUGAAAUUUGGAGCUAGAAUGAAAGAUUGUACGAGGCUCAGCUUUUUUUUGGUUGCUGAAAGAUUACAAAUAUGUGGGAUUAUGUAUCACUAGAGUUAAUAAACCUAAUUUUAUUAUGU